AUGUCACAGUAUUCUGGAAAGAUAGUGUUUUACGAGGGACGAUGCUUCUCUGGAAGGAAGCUGGAGGUGUACGGAGACUGUGAUAACUUUCUGGACCGUGGCUUCAUGAACAGGGUGAACUCCAUCCGUGUAGAAAGCGGAGCAUGGAUCUGCUACAACCAUCCUGACUUCAAGGGCCAGCAAUACAUCCUAGAGCGUGGAGAGUACCCCGAGUUCCAGUGCUGGAACUCACACAACGAUCACAUGGGCUCCUGCAGGACUGUUAGGAUGCAUGGAGAGCACUACAGGAUUCAGCUGUUUGACAGCUGCAACUACAUGGGCCAGUGCAUUGAGCUGUGUGACGACUGUCCCUUCCUCCAGAGCUUUGGCUAUGGCAGGACCUGCGUCAACUCCAUCAGGGUGUAUGGAGAUGGAGCUUGGGUGAUGUAUGAGGAGCCUAACUUCCGGGGUCGUAUGUACAUCGUGGAGAGAGAAUUCUACUCCAGCCAUGACAAGUGGCAGGCCCAGAACCCCACUAUCCAGUCAAUCCGCAAAGUCGUCAACUACUGAAGCUCCCACCCUCUUCUAUUGCCCUGGCCUCCUUCUCUGCUCUCCUCCCACCAUCCAUACCACAGAAUGUGACUAUAAUCAGAAUAUGUACAAUAAGCCACUAAGUAGUAUAAGAAAAAGGCAGUAUUAUUAAACACAUGUCUUUAUCUGUCAAUAUACUGAGCUUCUGGCAUUUCUGCAGAGAAAUAAUAGGGCCAGAAUCCCACUGCUUCAUGGUAACAUUACACCAAGUAGAAUUAGAAAUCAAUAACUAUGCCAGUAAUAAAUCAACAACUUAAAUCUAAAUGAAAUUUCUCUCAUCUAAAAUGCAUGUUCACUGAAGACUGAUGAAUAUGACAUUUCUGUCUUAGUCCUGAAAGAUAUAAAAUAUAUGUGAUAUAAAGUGAUAUAAAACAGAGGCUCAAAGUUUGUACAUUUAUUGCAUGUUUAACAAAUUCUUAUUGAACUGAUUAAACUUGACCAUAGUUGCCAAAAUGAGUACAAUGAAUGAAUGAAAAAAAAAGG